CAAUAACUAUGGUGGCAUGAUGACUGUUUUCUGUAGAUUACAUGCAGCAGACUGGUGGCCAAGCACAUCUGUUUUUCUGGAUGACAGUGGAAGGAUACAGGGUUACGGCACAGCAACAGCUGGAGGUACUUCAAAGCCGGCAGAAAGAUGGAAAACAUCAGACUAAUCAAACCAAGGGUCUAUUAAGAGCAGCUGCAUUUGGUGUUUAUGAGCAAUAUUUAUCAGAAAAGGCAUCUCCAAGAGUUAAUAUCGAUGACAACUUAGUAGCAAAACUGGCAGAAACACUGAACCAUGAGGAUCCAACACCUGAAAUCUUUGAUGACAUUCAGAGGAAGGUGUAUGAAUUGAUGCUGCGAGAUGAAAGAUUCUACCCUUCGUUCAAACAGAAUGUGUUGUAUGUGCGUAUGCUAGCUGAGCUGGGUAUGCUGAAGGAUCCUAGUUUCAGAGGAUCAGAUGAUGGAGAAGGAGAAUCUUUUAAUGGAUCGCCUACUGGCAGCAUAAAUCUGUCCUUAGAUGACCUUUCAAAUGUCCCUUCUGAUGAGACAGUUCAACUACAUGCAUACAUCUCAGAUACUGGAGUGUGCAAUGACCACGGCAAGACCUACGCGCUGUAUGCGAUCACGGUCCAUCGGCGAAGCCCAAACAGUGAAGAGACUUGGAAGACAUAUCGACGCUACAGCGACUUCCAUGACUUUCACAUGAGGAUCACUGAGCAGUUUGAAAACCUUGCAAAUAUACUGAAGCUUCCUGGCAAAAAGACAUUCAACAAUAUGGACAGAGAAUUUUUGGAAAAAAGGAAAAAAGAUUUAAAUGCCUAUUUGCAGCUCCUGUUAAAUCCUGAAAUGAUGAAGGCUUCUCCAGCUUUAGCCCAUUACGUUUAUGACUUCCUUGAGAAUAAAGCCUACAGCAAAGGGAAGGGGGAUUUUGCAAGGAAGAUGGACACAUUUGUAAACCCACUGCGUAACUCUAUGAGAAAUGUAUCAAAUGCAGUCAAGUCUCUCCCUGACAGCCUGGCAGAGGGAAUGACUAAAAUGUCAGACAACAUGGGUAAAAUGUCAGAGAGACUGGGACAAGACAUAAAGCAAUCAUUUUUCAAGGUGCCUCCUUUGAUCCAAAAAACCUAUUCAGAUCCUGACCAUUGCCGCGUUGCAGCACCAAUUGAUGACAAUGUGGAUGACAAUAUUCCACUGAGAGUAAUGCUCCUCCUUAUGGAUGAAGUCUUUGAUUUAAAGGAAAGAAAUCAAUGGUUAAGACGAAAUAUAAAAAAUCUUCUUCAGCAACUGAUUAGAGCAACAUACGGUGACACAAUUAAUAGAAAAAUAGUUGAUCACGUUGAUUGGAUGACAUCUCCUGAGCAAGUGGCAGAUGCGGUGAAACGCUUCAGAGAUGCUUUUUGGCCCAAUGGCAUUUUAGCAGAGACUGUUCCACGGAGGGACAAAGCUAUUAGAAUGAGAACAAGAGUGGCAGGGAAGACCAAGUUACUGGAGGUAAUGCCAGAUGAACUGAAGCACAUCAUAGGCGCUGAGACGACGCGGAAGGGCAUUCUUCGGGUCUUUGAAAUGUUCCAGCACACGCAGCUGAAUAAGAGAAUAGUGUACGUGUUUCUAGAGAGAUUCCUGGAAACCUUAUUUCCACAAAAUAAGUUCCGUGAGCUCUUCAACAAACUGCACUCACGGUCAAAGCAGAUGCAGAGGUAUAAGCAGAGACUACAUUCUACCCAAGCACCUUCCUUGCAGAAAAGUCUUCUAGUGUCACAUGUUAGGUAAUUAAUGCAUCUGUAAGACCUGUGGAUCUUCUCAUCUUCACUUGUAAUUCAACCACUACCAGAAGGGUUUGCGUGUCUUAAAUGAUUUGUUGCGUCUUCAUGCAACAUUGAGAAGAAAGAAUACUGGCCCAAUACAUGAGAAUGCUGAUUCCUUCCCUUCCUGAGUCGAUG